UAUAUUGGCAAUUUCGUCGAGCAGUUCUACGUACACCGUUGCCGAAGAUGUCGUUCGUAUUCGCAUCUAGCAAAAUUCUCACACGUUUCCGAUGUGAUCAUAGCGGUGCGAAUAAUUACCGAUUACUCUCGUUAAGCCGUUCGGUUUUUCACGACGAACGUAAGCAAAAAGAAAUCGAAACGAAACGAAAAGAAAUAAUGGCGCGCGGUCUUCCAAAACAGAAGCCGCUAAAAGGUAUCAAACAAAUCUUUGUGGUCGCGUCCGGAAAAGGAGGCGUCGGAAAAUCUACAACUGCUGUAAAUUUAUCAAUUGCUUUGAAAAUUCUUCAGCCUGAAAAGUCUGUUGGUUUGCUCGAUGCUGAUGUAUUUGGUCCAUCUAUACCUCUGAUGAUGAACAUACGACAAUCCCCUGUAGUUAAUGAUGCAAAUCUUAUAGAACCGCUUGUAAAUUAUGGAGUGAAAUGUAUGUCAAUGGGCUUUUUAAUAGACGAAAAGUCUCCUGUAAUUUGGCGUGGAUUAAUGGUAAUGAGUGCAAUUGACAAAUUGUUACACCAAGUAGCAUGGAGUCCCUUGGAUUAUCUCAUUGUAGAUACUCCACCUGGAACAGGAGACACACAUCUUUCUAUAAUACAAAACCUUCCAAUUGCUGGUGUAUUGUUGGUAACUACACCUCAAAAAGCUGCCUUGGAAGUAACUAGGAGAGGGGCAGACAUGUUUAAACGAUUGAACGUUCCAAUUGCUGGAAUUUUAGAAAAUAUGAGCAGCAUAAUGUGCCCUAAAUGCAAUAAUGAAAUAACCCUUUACAGCAAUGCAGUCAGAACAAUGGCUGAAGAACUUGAUGUGCAAAUCUUACAAACAAUGCCUCUCUCUGAAGAUAUUGCAGAAAGUUGUGAAGUUGGUAAACCAGUCGUGAUGUCUGCUCCAAACAGUAUUCGAGCUGAUGGAUAUAAAAAUUUAGCAGAAUGCAUAAUCUCAUUUUUAGCUGAUCAACCAGUACACGAAGAGUGAUAUUUUUAAAAGAUUCUAAGAUGAAUAAUAAAAAUCCCACGAGCAUUCAAUCUGAUGUAAAUGCCGAGAUUUACGACAUUCCAAUGAAUGUACUUAUCAGGCCUAUUCCUCCAAUCGUUGAUGAGGAAAAGG